UCAGAGAAGAUGGCAUUCUGCUCCAACUCUGUUGUUCACUACUCUUCGUGUUGCAUAACCUCAAACACCGCCACUAGAAGUAGCUUCGUUCCAGCGUCGAGUUUCAAAUGCGGUAGCAAUGGCAUUAGGGUUUCUUCCAAGUUCAGAAUUGUUGCAAAGUCAAAUUCAGAUGCACAAGUCACUCAAGAACAGUCAACAACACCUUCAUCUGUUCUCUCUUUUCUCUGUCCCUUGCUCAAGCUUCUCUCUGGCGGAGAUCCUUCUCGACCACGCAAUGCUACUUUGGAGCUCGCAACAUCUUCCAUUGCUAGCAUGUCAAGGUUUGCAUGGGGAACGAAAUCCAUAGCUGAGAGUUCACCAAACAAUGAGAUCCCUUCAAAUCUUCCUAUUAAUUUGCAGCUUUUUGAAUUUGAGGCAUGUCCCUUUUGUAGAAGAGUACGGGAGGCCCUGACUGAAUUAGAUCUUUCUGUAGAGGUCUAUCCGUGUCCUAAAGGUUCUGUAAGACAUAGAGAGGUGGUUAGAAGAACUGGUGGCAAAGAGCAGUUUCCUUUCCUUAUUGAUAAAAAGAGUGGUAUUUCUAUUUAUGAAAGUGGUGAUAUUGUGAAAUACUUGUUUGAGCAAUAUGGAGAAGGUAGAAGUCCAUCAUUCGGACUUUUAGAGAGCACUGUUUUCACUGGAUGGAUGCCAACAAUACUACGAGCUGGUCGAGGAAUGACAUUGUGGGAACAUUCCACGCCUGAUCCUCCUCCUGGAAAGCUAGAGCUCUUCUCAUAUGAAAAUAACCCUAAUGCGAGAAUUGUGCGAGAGGCAUUAUGCGAAUUGGAACUUCCUUACAUCCUUCAAAAUGUAGGAGAAGGAUCUCACAGAAUGAAGUUACUCUUGGAUGCUUAUGGAUCUAAAGAGAUGGCGGCCUCAUCAUCAUCAUCUAAAUCUGAUAUGGUGUUUACGGUGCGAAGGCGUGAGCCGGAGCUUGUUGGUCCAGCUGAAGCGACACCUCGUGAGGUGAAGCUUCUUUCAGACAUUGAUGACCAAGAUGGCCUACGGUUCCAAAUUCCAGUGGCACAGUUCUAUCGCUACAAUCCAUCUAUGGCAGGGAAGGACCCUGUUGAUGCCAUUAGAAAAGCAUUGGCCAAAACACUUGUGUUUUACUAUCCCUUUGCAGGUAGGCUAAGGGAAGGGCCUGGUAGGAAACUCAUGGUGGAUUGCACUGCAGAAGGUGUUUUAUUCAUUGAAGCCGAUGCAGAUGUCACUCUUAACGAAUUUGGUGAUAAUCUUCAGACUCCCUUCCCAUGCAUGGAAGAGCUCCUGUAUGAAGUUCCUGGAUCUGACGAAAUGCUCAACACACCCUUGCUGCUUAUACAAGUAACGCGCCUCAAGUGCGGUGGCUUCAUUUUCGCUAUUCGAUUAAACCACACCAUGUGUGACGCCAUUGGUUUGGUCCAAUUUUUGAGUGCCGUAGGAGAAAUUGCUCGUGGGAUGCCCCAACCUUCCAUCCUCCCUGUGUGGCGUAGAGAGAUUCUAAGUGCAAGGGACCCACCAAGGGUGACAUGCACUCAUCCUGAAUACGAUGAACAAACACCUUACAACAAGGAAAUUUCCAUCCCCCUAGAUGACAUGGUCCACAAGUCUUUCUUCUUUGGUCCCACUGAGCUAGCUACAAUUCGUAGUUUCCUUCCUUCCCACCAACUUCGCUGCACAAAUUUUGAAGUUCUCACUGCAUUUGUUUGGCGUUGCCGCACAGUAGCAUUGCAACCAAGUAGUGAUGAGGAGGUUCGCAUACUCUGCAUAGUCAAUGCACGUGCCAAGCUUGACUCUCCAUUACCAACCGGUUACUAUGGCAAUGCUUUUGCAAUUUCUCCCGCGAUUACCACUGCUGGGAAGCUAUGUGAAAAUCCAUUGGGAUAUGCAGUAGAUUUAGUGAGGAAAGCAAAAGCUAAUAUCACUAGGGAGUAUAUGCAUUCAUUGGCAGAUUUAAUGGCCAUUAAGGGACGACCACACUUCAGUAUGGAAAAAUCGUUUCUUGUGUCAGAUUUGAAGCUUGCUGGGUUUAGGCGAGUGGACUUUGGGUGGGGAAAUGCUAUUUAUGGAGGCCUUGCCAAGGGAGGAAUUGGGCCAAUACCUAGUUUAGCAAGCUUUAACGUUCCCUUUAAAAAUGAUAAAGGUGAGGAAGGUUUACUAACACCAAUGUGUUUACCAUCUAAAGCCAUGGAGAGGUUCAUAAAAGAGUUGGAUAAUGUGCUUAAGAAACAUAUCCAACCUGCUAGGGGAGGUCUAAAUUCUGGUUUUAUCGUUUCUGCAUUGUAGUUUCAUGAAAACUUGAAUUUGCUUUUAAACUUGAAGCAAAUCGAAUAUUCUUGUUGUGAGUAUAGUACUAUAGUGUCUUAUGUUGUUCAUGUGUUUAGAGAACACAAUCAAUAAUAUGUUUGCCAAACAAGGUUAUAAAAGAAAGUUUUAUUUGUGGCUUCUAUGCUAGGCUCA